AAUGGAAUCGUAUUACCACUUUCUCGCUGCCUUCACUUUAAACAGAUCAAAGUACUCUCUUCGGUAUUUGGUCGCUAGAGAAAUUGCUUUUUGAUUAACCAAAGCCAGUUGUCUGUCGAAUGGACAUGAUGUGAUACACGAGUGUAAAAUAUUCGGUGUCGAAAAAUCGGUUUUCUUUUUCGUGGUAUCGUGGUGAUCGAGUUUUCUUUAUAAAAAAAUCAUGUAGUGUGUUUAUAUGCAAAAAUGUGUUGGUGCUGUUCUUUAUGAUAUUUUUUAUUGCAAAGUUAACAUGUGAUAGUUCAAUUACACCUUUUAUCGGUGUAGAAGAUAUUCCAAUUCAACGUCAAGAUCUUGUCAUCGUCUUAUCAACGGUGUCUUUACGAAUCUCAUUAACCUGUUUCAUGGAGUGAUCGAAUAGACCCAUAAUGGCAGUCUUAAGGCCUAGUCAAAGCUCAUCUGCUGCUCCAGUCGUAGUGAGAGACAGCGAUAAAGAAUUUUCAGACGAUGAUGACGAGAAUUCGCCAUUAAAUCAAGACAUAUACGGUGGCAGUACAAGGACUGUAAACGAAACGAAAGGAUGGGACGUGUUCAGAGAUUUACCACCAAAACGGGACAGUGGUUCGAUGGAAAGUCAAAAAUGCCUGGAAUUCACCGUAAAAAUCCUAAAAAUCUUCACCUACGUUGUGACAUUCGCAGUAGUUCUAGGCUGCGGUGUAGUGGCCAAAUGUUGCGUAUUCCUCAUGGCAUCGCAAAUCCGCUCAGAUAGAAUUGUUCCUUAUUGUAAUAAAGAUUUAGGUCGAGAUAAACAAUACGUGGUGAAUUUGCCACCCGAAGAACGAGUAGCGUGGACUUGGUGUCUGCUGUUUGCUUUUUUUGUUCCUGAAUUAGGGACCUUGAUAAGGUCGUUAAGAAUAUGUUUUUUCAAAUCGUGGAGGCGGCCGCCUUUGAAAGAUUUUGUAUUUGUUUGUGGUAUGGAGACGUUGCACACGAUAGGUGUCGCGUCUUUAGUAUUCAAUGUGCUUCCUAGUCUUGAUGUAGUAAAAGGUGCCAUGAUAACCAAUUGUUUAUGCUUUAUUCCUGCUUUUUUAACUCUUACUUCAAGAAACGCCAGAGGUGUUUCAACUCGUUCGGAUAAAUCUGAACUGUAUGCGAAAAUAGCUAUGGAUGUAAUAGCAGUAGGGGCUCAAACGACAGGAUUCGUGCUUUGGCCAUUGCUGGAAAAGCAAAGAGAUCCUGUUGAAUUAAUUAUAAUCCCAAUUACCUUAUUUUUAGUCUCUUGUGGUUAUUGGGAAAACUAUGUAACCAAAUAUUCACUUUUUGGUUUAAUGAGACCUUUAUGGCGUAUAAAGGAUAGACUUAAGCAUACGAGGUAUUUUUCAUACAUUUUUAUUUCGAUAUGGAAAAUGUUCUGCUUCUUUUGCUGUAUGAUUGUGUUCACGUUCUUGAAAAACGAAAACAUUACCAAUUUAUUCUCGCUUUAUUCAGCUGGAUUUUCAGAUCAUAAAAUCAAAGUUCUUGAAAUCAAACCUGUUGGAGAUGGACUCACCCUACCUGAUCUCGCAGAAAUAGUUCCAACUGGAGAAACUGUUGAAAUUGAUGCCGAUUAUAACAUCAUUAUUUAUGUUUUACUGGCUCAAAUCUUUUGCUCUUACUUCUGCUACAUUUUUGGAAAAUUCGCUUGUAAAAUAAUGAUCCAAGGAUUCAGUUACGCAUUUCCAGUCAAUUUGACCAUCCCAGUAACAUUAUCUUUGCUGAUUUCUGCUUGUGGUCUAAGGCACGAAGAUCCUUGCUUCUUUCAUAAUUCCAUCCCAGAUUACCUUUUCUUCGAAUCGCCUCCGGUGUACUUUUUGAAUGAUUUCAUAUCAAGACAGUAUGCUUGGGUAUGGCUGCUUUGGCUAUUAUCACAAACUUGGGUGACAUUACACAUCUGGACGCCAAAAUGUGAACGUCUGGCAACCACUGAGAAAUUAUUUGUUCGACCUAUGUACGACUCUUUAUUAAUUGACCAAUCGCUAGGAUUGAAUAGAAGAUGUGACGAUGAGAAAGAUGUCAAAACAGAGGAAUUGGUGGAUCGCGAAAAGGAUCCCGACGAGUACUACGAAACAAUCUCUAUUCACACAGACACCAGUAGUACGACCCCUAAAACAGUUAAAAAGUCUGACAGCAUUACUAGAAUAUACGCUUGCGCUACCAUGUGGCACGAAACCAGGGAAGAGAUGAUGGAAAUGUUGAAAUCCAUCUUACGUAUGGAUGAAGAUCAAUGUGCCAGACGUGUAGCUCAAAAAUAUCUACGAGUAGUUGAUCCAGAUUAUUAUGAAUUUGAAACACAUAUAUUUUUGGAUGAUGGUUUUGAGAUCAGCGAUGUUAAUGAUGAAUGGAGUCAGGUAAACAGGUUCGUGAAAAUGUUGGUAACCAUCAUAGACGAAGCUGCAACCCACGUGCACGAGACCAAUAUCAGAAUAAGACCACCUAUCAAGUACCCUACUCCUUAUGGUGGUCGUUUGGUGUGGACUUUACCUGGAAAAACCAAAAUGUUUGUUCAUUUGAAAGAUAAAUCAAAAAUCAGGCAUAGAAAACGAUGGAGUCAAGUAAUGUACAUGUACUAUUUACUUGGUCAUCGACUUAUGGAACUGCCAAUACCAGUAGACAGAAAAGAGGUUAUGGCUGAGAACACGUAUCUGUUGACUUUGGACGGAGAUAUCGACUUUCAACCAAAUGCUGUACAGUUAUUGGUAGAUUUAAUGAAGAAAAAUAAAAAUUUAGGAGCUGCUUGUGGUCGAAUUCAUCCCAUCGGUUCUGGUCCAAUGGCAUGGUAUCAAGUUUUCGAAUACGCGAUUGGUCACUGGCUUCAAAAAGCCACCGAGCACAUGAUCGGUUGCGUACUUUGUAGUCCCGGAUGUUUCUCGUUGUUCCGAGGAAAAGCUCUCAUGGAUGAUAAUGUCAUGAGGAAGUAUACCACAAAAUCUCAAGAAGCUCGUCAUUACGUUCAAUACGAUCAGGGAGAGGAUCGUUGGCUGUGUACAUUACUAUUACAAAGAGGCUACCGAGUCGAAUACUCCGCUGCUAGCGAUGCUUAUACUCGUUGCCCUGAGAAUUUCAAUGAAUUUUAUAAUCAAAGACGUCGAUGGGUGCCAUCCACUAUAGCUAAUAUCAUGGAUCUGCUGAUGGACUCGAAAAGGACUAUCAAAAUUAACGAUAAUAUUUCUUUGCUCUAUAUCACUUAUCAAUUCAUGUUGAUGGGUGGCACUAUCCUGGGUCCUGGUACAAUAUUCCUUAUGUUGGUGGGUGCAUUUGUGGCAGUUUUCCAUAUCGAUAAUUGGACCAGUUUCUAUUACAAUAUUAUUCCUAUUUUAUCAUUCAUGUUUGUGUGUUUCACUUGUAAAAGUAAUAUCCAGUUACUAGUCGCUCAAAUACUAUCAACAGUUUAUGCAUUAAUAAUGAUGGCUGUAAUAGUUGGUACAGCUUUACAAUUACGAGAGGAUGGUAUCGGUUCGCCUUCAGCCAUUUUCUUGAUAUCCAUGUUGAGUUCCUUUUUCAUAGCAGCCUUACUUCAUCCUCAAGAAUUCUCUUGCAUAAUAUUUUUCAGUAUUUAUCUGUUAUCUAUUCCGUCCAUGUACCUGUUGUUAAUUCUUUACUCAAUAAUUAAUUUGAAUAUUGUUACUUGGGGUACUCGUGAAGUGCAAGUGAAAAAGACCAAAAAAGAACUGGAAUUGGAGAAAAAAUUAGAAGAGGAAGCGAAACGUAAAGCUAAAUCGAAAUCUUUACUAGGAUUCUUGCAAAAUAACCCAAUGAACGAAGAUAACGAAGAAGGUUCUUUGGAAUUAUCGUUUGCUGGACUAUUCAAAUGUAUGUUUUGCACUCAUCAAAAACCUAUCGACGAAAGGCAACAAAUUCUUCGAAUAGCAGAAUCUUUGGAUUCAAUGAAUAAACGAAUGGAACAUAUUGAAAGAUCUUUGGAUGGGCAUGGUCAUCUUGGGCCCAAACAUCGUACUCCCUCCACAGUGAGCGUCCCACAUGCUAAUAUUGGAGUUGGAAUUCAAAAUGACGAGAUUCCAGAAGAAAGUGAUAGUGAUGAAAGCGAAGACACCAGUUCUUUAGAACCCAAAAUUGAACGUCAUGAUGACAUAAAUCCAUACUGGAUAGAAGAUAAAGAUUUGAAAAAAGGUCCUGUGGCUUUUCUAUCAGCGAAUGAGUCUCAAUUUUGGAAAGAACUCAUUGAAAAGUAUCUCUUCCCAAUUGACGAAGAUAAAGUUGAAAAGGCUAGAAUAGCAGCCGAUUUAAUCGAGCUACGAAACAAAUGCGUUUUCGCGUUUUUCAUGAUGAACGCUUUAUUCGUACUGGUUGUAUUUUUGUUGCAACUCAACAAAGCAGAUCUUCAUGUUAACUGGCCUCUAGGUGUUAGAACAAAUAUCACCUAUGUUGAGGAGACCAAUGAGGUAUUAAUCAGCAAAGAGUAUCUACAACUUGAGCCGAUUGGAUUGGUAUUCGUAUUCUUCUUCGCCUUCAUUUUGAUAAUCCAAUUCACAGCUAUGAUUUUCCAUCGUUUUGGUACCCUAUCGCAUAUCUUGGCUUCUACAGAACUGAACUGGUUCAGAAAGAAGAAGGAUGAUUUAUCACAAGAUGGCCUCUUGGAUAAACAAGCUGUUGACAUAGUAAGACAUCUGCAACGUUUGAAAGGAAUAAAUGGAGACUAUGAGAACGAAUCUGGGUCUAGUGGUGAUCGAAAUGUGGGAAGAAGGAGAACGAUUUAUAAUUUGGAGAAACAGAAGCAUAAAACGCGAACGAUUGGUACUUUGGAUGUGGCGUUCAGGAAACGAUUCUUGCAGAUGAAGAUGGAAGGCGAUGGAGAUGCUGGAAAUGAUACUCCGGUACUUGGUCGAAAGUUAACAAUGAGACGAGAAGUACGAGAAGCUUUGGAAGUCAGACGAAAAUCCCUACAAGCUGAACGUCGUAAAUCCCAGAUGCAAACAUUGGGAGCCAAUAAUGGUUUCGUGAAUAAUGUGACCAGAAAUCAUAGAUUAUCUUCCACGGCGGGAGUAAACGUCAAAGAUAUUUUUGGUGGUCAUCAAAAUCCAUCCUAUGAACACGACGAAAGCCCCAGCGAACAUAAUUUAGUCCGUUUACAAAGUCUGCCAAGGAAUACGGUAAAUUGGGCUGAAAUGGAACGAAAUCCUCAAUAAAACAGUCCUAAAAAAUUCCUAAUAAUUUAUUAAUAUUUUACUUAACGCCAUAUAUCGCAUCGAUCAAUGAUGUUAAACUGAAUACUUAAACCUUGUGAUAGAUGAAAUUUAUUGUUGAACGAUUUCAAAUCGUAUCUGUUUGUACUAAGUAAUUUGAAGUGUACCUAGUGUACCUUUUUUAAUAAUACCUACUCAUCAAAUUUCAUUUGAAAUGAAAUAUUAAUAGGUAAUAGAAAGAAAUGAAUCUUUCUCGACAAAGCGUUAUUUUUACCUCUUGAAUUACUUUUUAAGACGAUUUUUUUAAUUUUGUUACGUCGUUUUGAAUAGAAAUACCUACUGUAGGUAACUAUGUAAGAAGAAUUCAUGUAGCAAUAACAUGACACUCGUUAAUUUUGUCGCCCAAUUUUUUUUUAUAAUUUUAUACGUUUUUUUAAUACCUACCUAUAUUUUUAAAAUCUUGUUUAUGAUGGUUGAAAAAUUUGUGAAAUUGUUUCGAGUCAACAUAUUGAACAAUUACCUACCAAUAAAAAUUAUUUAAAAUGUUUUUA